AUGCACACACCCAUCAAUCCAACCCAGCGUCGGCAAUCUUCUUCGUGGCCCUUGCCUUUGUCGCUUCUUGAUCUGCCACCACCACCACCACUUUCCGAGUAUACAACCAUGUCGACGUCUCCUGCCUCGGGCGAGGCGCACUUUGUCAUCGGCGGCUCGGGCUUCCUCGGCUCUCGCAUUGCGCUUGCGCUGCGCCAGCGCGGCGAGAAGCACGUCGCCGUGUUUGACCUGCAUGCGGCUCGCCAGCCCAUCGAGAAGGUCGACUACUACACUGGCGACAUCACAUCCGAGUCGUCGCUUCGUCAGGCGCUCAUCCAGCUCCGUGACAAGGCCGGCAUCGAGGCAGGCGCCAAGAGGGGAAUCGUCAUUUACCACACUGCCAGUCCCGUUGCUGGUCUCGGCCCCGAGAUCUACCACAAGGUCAACGUGGUCGGCACGCAGACCGUCAUUGCCGUGGCUCAAAAGUCCGAGCUCGCCGUCACCAAGCUCGUCUUCACCUCGAGCGCCGGCGUGGUGUACGACGGCCGCAGCCUCAUCAACGUCGACGAACGUCUUGCAUACCCCAAGAAGCCUCUCGACGCCUACAACGACACCAAGGCCAAGGCGGAGGCGCUCGUUCUCCAGGCCAACUCGAUGCAGCCGGGCAAGCUCAAGACGGUGGCACUGCGUCCCGCUGGCAUCUUUGGCAUCGGCGACAGGCAGGCGCUGCCAGGCUUCUUCAACGUGCUGCGCACGGGCAAGACCAAGUUCCAGAUUGGCGACAACGAGAACCUGUUUGACUGGACGUACGUCGACAACGUGGUGCAUGCGCAUCUGCUUGCUGCCGACAAGCUCGAAGGAGCCGGCUACCCGGCGCACAAGCUCGGCGACAUCAUGAUCUCGACGCGGGUCGUUGCCGACGACGAGGUCAAGCGCGAGCGCGACGUGCCCACCAGCGAGGCACGCGACGACACCCCGGCGGGCUCCACCGACUACGCACGCAAGCUGCCCAGCACGCUGAGCCCCGAGACGCUCGAGCACGAGCUCAACGUGCGUCCCGUGAUCCGCAACCGCUACGACCAGUUCUUCCACAUGAUGAACCCCGAGGUGCCGAGCGCCGGCAAUCCGCUGGGCGAAGAGUUCCGCAUGGUGGAGGAGUCGGUGCCCGUGGCGGGCGAGGCCUUUUUCAUCACCAACGGCCAGCCCAUGCCGUUCUGGGACUUCCCGCGCGCGCUGUGGGCGGGCCUGGGCCAUGUAGUGACGGAGAAGGAUGUGUGGAAGAUCUCCAAAGACUGGGGCCUCACCUUGGCGGGGUGGGCCGAGACGUUUUCGUGGCUCACCGGACGCGAGUCGCAGUUUACACGGUACAAGGUGACCUACUCGGCGAGUGCGCGAUACUACAACAUUGAAAAGGCGCGUCGAGCGCUGGGCUACCAGCCCAUCGUCAGCGUCGAGGAGGGCAUCCGACGCAGCGUAGAGUGGUGGAAGAGCGAGCACCCGGAAGACGUUGUCUCGCCCAAGGCUUGA